AUGCAGACUAACCCACCUGAUCACACUAACCCACCUGAUCACACUAACCCUCCUGAUCACAUUAACCCACCUGAUCACACUAACCCACCUGAUCAGACUAACCCACCUGAUCACACUAACCCACCUGAUCACACUAACCCACCUGAUCACAUUAACCUAACUGAUCACAUUAACCCACCUGAUCACACUAACCCACCUGAUCACACUAACCCACCUGAUCACACUAACCCACCUGAUCACAUUAACCCACCUGAUCACACUAACCCUCCUGAUCACAUUAACCCACCUGAUCACACUAACCCUCCUGAUCACAUUAACCCACCUGAUCACACUAACCCACCUGAUCAGACUAACCCACCUGAUCACACUAACCCACCUGAUCACAUUAACCUAACUGAUCACAUUAACCCACCUGAUCAGACUAACCCACCUGAUCACACUAACCCACCUGAUCACACUAACCCUCCUGAUCACAUUAACCCACCUGAUCACACUAACCCACCUGAUCAGACUAACCCACCUGAUCACACUAACCCACCUGAUCACACUAACCCACCUGAUCACAUUAACCUAACUGAUCACAUUAACCCACCUGAUCACACUAACCCACCUGACCACACUAACCCACCUGAUCACACUAACCCACCUGAUCACACUAACCUACCUGAUCACACUAACCCACCUGAUCACACUAACCCACCUGAUCACAUUAACCCACCUGAUGCAGUGGAUGUCUCGUGUGUGAGUGAAAAAGGAAAAGUAUAA